AUGAAGCAAAGAGUGGGGUUGGUUGGUCUCCUUGAGACGAGAGUGAAGGCCCAAAACAUUGGUGCCUUGUAUGUGAGAAUGUUUUCAGGUUGGUGUUUUACAAGCAAUAUUGCGUGGCACAAAGGUGGCCGAAUAAUGGUGAGUUGGAACCCUUUGAUAUUUAAUGUCAACAUUUUGUGGUGCUCGAGUCAAUUAAUUCAUCUUGAAGUUGCUACUACUGAUGAUAGAAACAAGUUCAAGGUGAUUUUUGUUUAUGCUUUUAAUAAAGAAGAUGAAAGAAGAGCUUUAUGGAAAGACUUGUGUGCUUUGGCUGCCUUAGAACCAUGGCUGGUUCUUGGGGAUUUUAAUGAUAUAUUGAGCAAAGAUGAGAGAAUUGGUACUAAGGUGAAGUUUAACUCUUCGAAUGAGUUUGCUAGAUGUGUAGCAGAUUGUUGCUUAGAGGAUGUUAAGUUUAGUGGUAAUUUUUUUACAUGGACCAACAAGCAACAUGGUGAUGACAGGAUCUUCUCGAAAAUUGAUAGAAUAUUGGCUAAUCAAGCUUGGCUAGAUGUUUUCUCAGCAGCUGAAGCAGUGUUCCUUUCUGAAGGUAUGUUUGAUCACUGUCCCGGGCUACUUACAGUUUAUCAAGAGGAGUUCAAUGGGAAGAAGCUUUUCAAGUAUUUCAUAAUGUGGAGCUCUUUUCCUGGUUUUGGAGAUCGAGUUAAGUGUUGCUGGAAUCAUCAUAGAUCUGGAACUCCAAUGUAUCAAGUGGUCAGUAAACUUAAGGCUUUGAAACAGGUCUUGAAGGAGAUAAACAAGCUGGGAUUUUCUAACUUACAUACUAAAGUUGAAAGUGCUCGUGUGGAACUCCUGCAAUCUCAACAGAAGCUGCAAGCAGAUCCGAUGAAUCAGGAGCUGCAUUCUCAGGAGCUUAAGAACAGAGAGAUUUUUGCAGAACUAAAUAAGGCAUAUGGCUCUUUUCUCCAACAAAAGGCAAAAAUGAAUUGGGCAAAAGGUGGUGAUGAAAAUACUUCUUUCUACCAUGCUUGUAUUCGGGAAAGGAAGUUGCAAAGUAGGAUUUACUCCAUUAUUAAUUCAGAUGGGGUAAGAGUGGAAUCACCUAGUUAA